CACGCAACGGAAGAGAAAAAGAUGUUGUGUGAGUUCCUUCUUUUUUUGCUCUGGAUGCUGACUUUCAUGAAAGAUUAGACGAAGACCGUUGGCUGCCCUUAGAAGCAAGUUGCACUUUGGAAGCACUCAAAAAUAGUUGCUGCAUUUUUUUCAUUCUAUUGGCAUUGAUGUUGCACUCUGAUCUGUGUUGUAGUAUACUUCUUGUUGUAUUGAUGAUGUUCAUGUUUUCCUGAAGAGCAUAACAAGUUCGAGUACUCCUGAUAGUUUUUUCGUUAUUCUUCGCUGAGCAUUCAUAAAGAUAGAAAAUUGAAAGUGCUGUCGGGCACCUGUAACACGGACACGGUCGUUUAGAAACGCUCAGAACCUACCCCGGCGAAGCAAGGUCAAUGGCCGCUGAAGAUCCGUUUCUGCUUCUAUGCCUGUGACCGACCUGCGUGAACGCCAUUUUUUGCUCAGGCCGGAUACGCAACUUCUUACCUUCCACUAGCUGCAUGCUGUUCUUGGACGGGUAUAUCGAGAUAGAUACAUACAACCACGAGCUUUAGCGGCAGGUCUCGACACGAGCUGUCUUGAUUCUAGGCGCAAACGUCACUCAAGCUAUACGCAACAAGCAGCUGAGCGCUUCUGCAGUUGUACCUCACCCGAGAAUAUUGUUCCCUGUUUCCCGGAUCAUUGGUGCCACCGACUACGGGCUCUAGCUCUAUCCUCUGCGCAACAAGCACGACGUAGUCCACGCUAUAUCUUUACUCGCCUCGAAGAGCAGAAGACGUUAUUCUCGGCAAGAUGUUGCGAGGUCCACCGAGCCGCGUGCACGACCGCGCAAAUCCCAAUACAAAAGUGCUCUACGAUAAAAGCCUCUCGGAAUGGACCUCGAAGUACGUAAAGAACAAACGCGAGCUCGACAGAGUGACAACGCAGUGCGAUCACCUGAGGCACGAAGUACGUACUAAAUGUACUUCAUACUUACAGAACUUACUAGCUCUGUGCUGUGUAUCUUCUUCUUUUGAGACGAAAUCAAAAUUUGUAGUCUUAUUUGAAUUUCGAUUUCGUAUUCGUUUACUGACCACGUUCGACGAACUUGAACAAUAAUUUUUCGAUAGACCAUGUGGUUGUACUAAUCUUUUACUCGUUUCUAUUUUUGUUGAUGUUGUUCACUGAAGACACUCUUUCCUUAUCUUUAUAUUUCAGGCGCAGAAGCUGCAGGAGCAUGUGGAAGAGUCAACAAAGACCCUGAAGGUCAUGGAAGACAAAUAUAAUCGAGAGUUGACGACACGAUUCCAGGUACUGCUCCUGCCUGUCCUAUUAUAGAGAUGAUCACUGUCUUGCUCACGAGCCGUUAGCAAUGGCUAGUACUUCACUAGAGUAUCCACGUUGUACACAGUGAAAGUAUGCAUGGUCUAAGUGUGUAGUAUUUUUAUUGUAGCAAGCUUAUUAGUCUCCUCGUCACGACGUCCUAUGCGGGCGGUAACUUGUUUCCCUCAAACGUCCUCCUGGGGGCGAUCUGCUGAAGCGGAGCAGUCACCUCGAUGUGACAGCGAAGUAGAAGCAUCCUACCCUAUCCUAUUCUCUCCUAGUAUCUUGUUUUUCCGAUCGCGUUCCCGUUUGUCCUAAUUUUCCCGCUUAGAUGUGUCAGCCUCCAGUUGCAUAUUUAUUGAAAAAAUGUUGUAUGUAAAUACUUUUCAGAGGUCAACUAAGCGGCAAACUUAUCCCAUACAAAGAAACAUAGACUAUCCUUUCAGCGCUAAGAACCUCAGCCAUGCACUCCAUCCCGCCGGGCGUUCUCGGAUUUUGCCCCCCCAUUCGAAGAAGAAAGAGACCAAGACGUCGCAUUUGAUUUACCUAUUCGAAAGCUCAAAAUAACCGAGUUACUGACUGAAAUAAGGGAGGUAGCUUAACAGCAAGGCCACUCUUCCUUGUCAUCAGUAUCUCCUCUCGGUUAUCCUGAUCAGCAUCAGUUACUUGCUUAUUUCAGUUUUUCGAAUAACAUCUUAACAGCAAUCAAAAGCGAAUUAUGAGCAUGCGCUGCAGCAGAAGCAGAUACUGCAGAAUCAAAUAGCUGAAAACCGGAAAUUGAAGCAAACUCUUGCAAAAGAGAAAACCUCCUUGACAGCUGAUUAUGAUCGCAAGUAUGCGGAACUCACUAAGACUCUUGAACAGAGAGCAAAGCUCGACGAACAAUUAGCACGGCUAUCACAACAACUUGGGGAUCUAGCGGAGGUAUUGCUUUGGACUGUCAUAGUUGCGUAGUAGGUUGUUUUUUGUCUUGUAGGAGAGGACGGAGAGACGUGGAGAGAAGACUUUUCUAGUCUCUUGUAUCUGCUUGCGAGUUUUACUUUGACACUCUCUAUGAUCAACAUAAUACACAGGAACGAAAACGAGGAGAGAAAGAACUAGCGACGCUCCAGGGGCACUUGAAAGAAAACAGCGAGCUUGUUGAUGUCCUCAAUAGUGACAUGGUGGAUGUUAGGGAAGGUACCGAGUUAGCCCUACAAAAUUGGCAUAUUUGACGUGUUUCAUAAUUUUGAUUUGGAAUUAAUUUGAUCUUCUUCUUGGCCGGCAAGAACAAGAAGUAGACUGUGGUAGAUGUUACACCUGUAUUUUUCAUCGAACAUCAACAGCAAACCGUGUUUAGAAGGAAUUGGAAAUCUACUUCCACCAUGUUUCUGACGUGUGUGCCAGGUAUACGCGCGUCCGUCGAAAGCCACAUGCUCAGUUCGAGGUAUCUCGACCCAGAGCAGCACGAAGGAGAGUGAAGCGAAACCAUGAACACUACCGCCAGUAGCUUAUGAUUUUCCGCGAUCAACCGCAACUUCGCAGCCGACAAUUCACAUGAAGACUCAAGGAUACAUAAUGUCAUGCAGAAAAUCCUUUUUUGAGAAUGUAAAUACCAUUACGUUUGUGGUGCAUGAAGAUAAUCUUAACCAUCUUGUAAAGUAUCUAUUUUCUAUCUACUUAAUAUUCAGUAACUUAAACCUAUUAUCAUCAAGUUCUUGCGAAUUACCAAAACCAGCUCAGGCCUAUUUCCGUCUCAUGUGAAGUAUGAAAAUGCCUUUUCCACCUAAUUGUUCAACGGCAAAGAGUGCGCAUUCUUUCAUAUCAAACCGUUUUCGCUUAGCUCGGAUUAUUUGAUUACACAAUCAAAAUCCAAUUAUGUCUACAGCUUAAUCUCACUAGACCAAAGUGUCGGCUGCCUUGCAUAUUCAAACUCAAGUGAGAAAGCUACCGGGAAAAAAUUGCACAAGUAGUUUUGAACCCAAAAUGGAUUGUAUUUCGAUGGCAAGAAAUAAAAAUGCAAUUUCAAUGUCGAAUAGAACUGCAGACGUUUCAACACUUGUGUCAAAUUUAUUAAAGAUUUGAUGUAGUAGAAGUUGGUCAACGCGACGGGCAGGGGCAGCCAUCGACGUCGAGUAGCCUGCCGGUGGGCAACGUGAACGAGCACCCCGUGGCGCUUCCUCACUCGUCGCUUCGUCACUCGUCGCUUCGUCACACUCGUCGCUUCGUCACUCUCGUCGCUUCGUCACUCUCGUCGCCUCGUCACACUCGUCGCUUCGUCACACUCGUCGCUUCGUCACACUCGUCGCUUCGUCACACUCGUCGACUCGUCACACUCGUCGCUGGCAGGCUGCUGGCUUUUGAUUUUUAUCCCCAAGGUUUUCACGACUAUGCAAACGCUAGAAAAUGAGGAAGGACCCCCCUGAUCAGGGUAGUCGGGCUUGCGUGGCACCUACAAACCAGCGCGAAACCCGGCAGCGAGGGAGAGGGAGCGCGGCUCAGUUGCCGCCUUAUCUAUGGCGCCGCUUUUGGUCGCUAUGUUUUGCGUACUGUUUUGCGUUGUGUUUUGUCUAUAUUUUGCCCCAAGAAUCGGCCGCCUGCUCCUGGCGGGCAUCUUUUGGGGCAAAAUUAAUUAACAAGCAAAAUGUCGCGACUGAAGCUGCGCCAGCUUUAGAGAUUCUGGAAGCCUUCUGAAAAUCUGCUCUGGGAGGCGAGCUGCGGCGCCCUGCCGUGGUUUCAGGUCGUCCCAGCACUAUCUAGCGGCGAAAACGCUCCAACCACCUGGAGAGAUUUUCUGCCAGUGCAGUGACUUGCCCCAGCAAAAUGCAGCCACUCUAUGAGCAAAAUACUGGGGCACAUUUAGGAAAAGCCACCGCCUCGCCAGCUCGGCGCUUUGUCAGUCAAUCGCCACCCUCACGCUCGUCGCAACGUCACUCAGCGUUACGCGCCCGCGCGUCGCUUCGUCAGCGUUACGCGUGUCGCUUCCUUCGUCACGCUCGUCGCUUCGUGUUCGUCACGCUCGUCGCUUCGUCACGCUCGCCGCUUCGUCACGCUCGUCGCUUCGUCACGCUCGUGCGUCGCUUCGUCACGUUCGUCGUCGUCCUCGUCGCUUCGUCACGCUCGCCGCUUCGUCACGCUCGGCUCGUCGCUCUCGUUUCGUCACGCUCGUCGUUUCGUCAUGCUCGUCGUUUCGUCACGCUCGUCGCUUCGUCACGCUCGUCGCCUCGUCACGCUCGUUCGUCGCUUCGUCACGCUCGCUCGUCGCUUCGUCACGCUCGCUCGUCGCUUCGUCACGCUCGUCGCCGUCGCCUCCUCGUCUUCGCGCUCGUUGCUUUCUCGUCUUUUUCUUCACGCUCGCUACUGGUGCUGCUUCCUCGUGGCGCUCACGCUUCCUCCCCGCUGCUUCCUCGUCACGCACACGCCCGUUGCUUCCUCGCCACGCUCACGCUCGUGGCUUCCUCGUCACGCUCCCUCCUGCGUCGCCUCGUCACGCUGCAUGCUCGCCGCCUCGUCACUCGUCUGUCGACGGACUCGCCACCCGUCGCCUCGUCAUUCGUCGCCUCGUCAUAAUAUUCCUUAUCUUUCGUCGCCUCGUCAUAUCACUCGUCGAUUCGUCGCAGCGAAAUCGUUGCCCCGUGACAGCUCGUCGCCUCGUCGGCCUCAACAUUCGUCGCCUAGUCAACGCUCGUCGCCUUGUCACUCGUCGCCUCGUCAACGCUCGUCGCCUUGUCACUCGUCGCCCCGUCAAGGUCAACGCCCGUUCGCUCGUCACUCGUCGCUUUCUCACUCCCUCGCCGCCUUGUCACUCGUCACGGGAGGGUUGUUGCUUCGCUCUCGCGGGAGGGUUGCUGCUUCGCGUGCCAAGCAGAGGCAAAGCUGGCAACGCCGAGUCUGCCAACGCCCCGAGGCGGAUGUCUGUCACCAGUUCUGCUCUUCUGGGCAAAAGGGUUGAGAGUGAGAGAGAGAAACAGGCCGACUUUGGAGAGCCGGACGGAGGCCUGGCGCCGUACAGGCGGGCCCGCUUCUGUGCAAAUCGACCACGUUGGAAGCUUGCGCUUUUUUCUCGCUGUCCUCGGUCCGUGGGUUAAAUACAACGUAGGCGCGACGGUAUGCCGGCUACGUAGAGCGGGCCCCCCUUCCUUUUGGUCGUGCUUGUCUUGCUCCCCAAAGCGGUGCAAACGGGCCUGAGCGCGUUCGCGGUCAGCGCAGUGCGCAGGCCUUCCCCCGUCUAAAUAUCGAUAAAGGCCCAAAGGGCACGCGCUUGAACUGCGCCACGGACGGAGUACCCUACUCCUGUUUUAGCCGCGUCUGAUUAGCCCGCGGGGCCACGCCCUUCGCCAGCUCGCGCAGCCCCCCGAACAAACUAGCGGGGCGCAGCGGGUCGGCUAUUUUCCCCGCCGCUCUCCCCCCUGUAACGAGAACAACGCGCUGCCAGCGCGCUUGCCUGCACAAAUGCGCCGCCCCAUCCGCUCCGCGCCCACCAAGUUUGAACAAUAAACGCGCCAGGCCUCCCCGCCUUGCUUUGGUUGCUCCGAUCGUUGUUUCUUCGUUUAACUUUGCGGCCCUCGCUCUUGUCUGUCUCACGAGCUCCUCGCCCGUUUCCCGGUCCUUGCUGUUUUCGCGUGUUUUUCUCGCUUGUUUGCUCUCUGGCCUUUUUUUGCUGCUUUUGUUCCGAGUUCGCUUUUGUAUUGUGACACCCACGCUCGGCGGACUGGGGCUGGAAUGGGGGGCGCGUGGGCCUCUCCUUGCGGAUCAGCUGCGGCCCUAGCCGUGUUGUAGCCCACGUGGGGGGCAUCUUUCUGGGGUCGGCGUUAAAUGAAAACGGAAACAAACGAAAAGACAGGCGAAGGUGGCCUUACGGAAAAAGGGACAACAGAACGCAAAGCGCGGGUAGAAGAGAGAAAGCGAGGCGCCCUCCCCUCGCUGCGCAGGGACUAGUUUGCUGGUGUAUGUUCGAUACAAGCCCAGCCUGCCUCGAAAAAAGCUAGCUUCGCACUGACUACUGGAGUAGCAGUGGAAACGGAAGGAGGGGGCGCGCCUGCUUGUCGUUAACAGCGAGGUGCGAAAUUGUCGGCUUUGUUGCUGAGUGCGGCGGACCUCAGUGAGAAAAUUCUUGACAAAAAUAGGUGACGAUACUAAACUCGGAACCCCAGAAGCAAGGCGACAGCGGAUUGCCUCUCGCUAUCGCUAACUUAUUUAAAAAACUGAUAUUGCGACGCUUUUAGUAUCUUGGAUGGAUUU